AACAAAAUACUUUCAAUUCAAGUUUCGUUUAAUUAUGCUUCAAAACAAUUUUCAUAGCAAAAUCACUUGAAAAUAAAUAAAGAAUUGGCUAGAGACAGUUUGAAACAAUAAGCAUUAUACAUGUGUACGAUCAAUUUUGUGAGUAACUGUAUGUAGCCUUUUCAUCUUAAAAAAUCAGUUUCUUUACGGCAAUGAAGCAAUUCACAUUCAAAGGUCUAAUGGCUCCCGUUUUCACGGGCUAUCUUGGCGAUGAAAAAAGAAGUAUCAACUACGAAAUUAUUGAACCGUAUGCAAAAUAUUUAAAGAAGAAGGGUGUGGAGGCAGUUCUAGUGAAUGGCACAUCUGGAGAAGGUAUGUUAAUGAAUCUAGAAGAACGCAAGCAGGUCACGGAAGCUUGGAAGAAAGCUUGUGUUAAAAACCAAUUGCUUAUGAUGACCCAAAUUGGAGGCGCGCCAUAUCCCGACGUUGUAGCUUUAGCUAGACAUGCAGAACAAAUCGAUGUGGACAGUGUAUUAUGUUUGCCAGAACUGUAUUUUAAGCCGAAAACCCCAGGAAAGUUAACAGAAUACUUAAAAAACAUUGCAGCACACUGCCCAUCAACACCAUUUUUCUAUUAUCACAUCCCGAUGUUUACCGAUGUCAACGUAUACAUGCCAUCCUUCUUGGAUAUGGCCGAAAAGGUUAUUCCUAACUUUCGUGGCAUUAAAUACACUAGUGGAGAGCUAGAUCAGGGAACCAGCUGCCUCAAAGAAGGUAGAACUAUUUUUCUAGGAGCCGAUUCUUUACUUUGCCCAGCAGUGGCUGCCGGAUUCAAUUCUUUCAUUAUGACUACAUUAAAUAUUUGCCCAGAACUCUCAAUUGCAAUCAUCAAUAGCAUGCGCGAUGGCAAUGUGGAAGAAGCAAGAAAAGUUCAACAACAACUAAGCGGAGAAAUUGCGCAGAUUUUAAGACAUGGUGACUGGGUGAGUGCCACGAAAAAGGCUUUUAACGAACGUUGCAGUCUGAAUCUUGGUCAAACCAGACAGCCGUUAAAUUUUGAUUUUUAGUUAUAAUAAACUAAUGUAUACCACUAAUACUGUGAUGGAAAA